AUGUUUGCAUUGGAUGAAUCUGAACAGCCAAACAAAGGGAAACAUGGUAAGCAUGGUGGACACCAUAACGGAUCUGAUGGAGGAAAGCCGGGACAAUCACCGAUCUGGUCUUUGAUCAAAGUUACAGCAGCUUCGAUCGCAGAAGUGAUUAUUCUGUCUAGUGUGGGCUACAUCUUGGCACGCCAGGGCAUUCUAGACAAGAAAACGCAAACAAAGAUUAAUAAAGUCAACGUUUCUUUCUUUACACCAGCUUUGUUGUUCUCCAAAGUUGCUUUUUCUCUUGAUCCAGGUCGUCUUGCUGAAUUGGUCAUUGUACCAGCAGGCUUCGUGAUCAUCACUGUCGUUUCUGGAUUAUGUGCUAUGCUUCUCAGUUCAAUCGCUCGACUUUCUCGAUCUCAACGUAAUUUCACGAUUGCAUGUGCGAUCACGCCAAAUUCCAAUUCUUUACCUGUGGCAUUGAUGCAAAGCUUGGUCGUCACCGUUCCUCAACUUCAUUGGGAAGAAGAUGGAGAGCCAGAAGAUACGAUGAAUGGAAUGUUGGGUAGAGCAUUAACGUAUUUGGUCUUAUUCUCUACGUUGGGAAUGUUCUUACGUUGGAGUUUGGCUUCACAAUUGCUUUCCACUAUGGAAGAAGAGCCAACGGGAACAAGGGAUGAAGAUCCCGUUACAGGUGUACCAUCAACACCUUCUCAACCUCCAACUGGUCGCUUGAUUGAUCAUGAUUCAGAAGAUACACAACAAAGGCAUCAUGGAAACGCAAAGAUUUCCGGACCGCAACAUGCAGCAUCACAAAAGCAAUCCUUACCACAAAUCAAUGUACGCAGAUCUACUGAAGAAGGUGGUGGCUCAUUGAAAGAUUUCAACAGAAAGUUCAUCUUGCGUCCUUUCAAGGCGGUUACUGCAUUCAUGACCAUGCCUCUUUAUGCUGCUUUGAUCAGUCUAAUCGUUGCACUCAUACCACCAUUGCAAGCAGUGAUUAGCAGUAUCGAACCAUUGGUGGGAGCAUUGGAAACUGCUGGUGCUUGUUCAAUCCCUCUCACGAUGGUUGUUUUGGGUGCAUACUUCUAUCAAGAAGCUGAUCCAAAGACGAAUGAUGUGAAGGCGACAACAAUCCUGUCCCCGCAAGAGAGAAAAGAGAAACAAAAAGAAACUAUGGAACGCAGAACGAUUGCGGUUGCGAUUGCAAGUCGAAUGUUGAUGACACCGAUCUUGUUGUUACCUUUGCUGGCUUGGUAUGCGAUCGCAACUCGAUUCAACGUAGUAGAUGAUCCAGUUUUCAUCUGUUCGGCAUGUUUGUUGAUCGGAAGUCCACCUGCACUUACAUUGGCACAAAUUACAUCACAAAACGCAAAAGGAAGUGAUGGUAGCUUUGAAAGAUUGAUCAGUAAAACAAUCUUUGUUGCAUAUGCAAUCAUGGCAACUCCUACAACGAUUGUACUUGUUUUGACUGCUUUGGUGAUUGCUGAAAAUGAUCAUUGA